GCUUCAUCCAUCCGUCCAUCCUUCGCAAAACAGCAUCGACCUUGCACAGAAAAGCAACCAAGUAGCUAGCGCUUCCUUCCCAUAUACAACCUGAGCGAUCAUCUUCCCUUCCCAAGUCUACGACUCAAAUACGAUGGCGAACCUACCUCACGGUGGCGUCCUGAAGGACCUCCUCAUUCGCGAUGCUUCCAUCGCUGCACAGCUCGCGCAAGAGGCGGCCACGCUUCCUGAAAUUGUCCUGACAGAACGUCAACUAUGUGACUUGGAGCUGAUCAUAAACGGAGGCUUCUCCCCACUCGAGGGCUUCAUGGGAAAGGCCGACUACGAAAGCGUGUGCAAGAACAUGCGUCUCGCAGAUGGAAGUCUCUGGCCCAUGCCCAUUACCCUGGACAUCUCGACUGAGCAACAUGAGCAACUUGGGCUAAAGACGGGCGCUCGCGUUGCUCUCCGUGAUCCGAGAGAUGACAAUGUCCUCGCUAUCCUGACCGUCUCGGACCUACACCCUGCGCAGAAGCAGAUGGAGGCGGAGAGCGUGUUCGGUGCAGAUGAUAUGGCACAUCCCGCUGUCACCUACCUGCAUAAGACUGUCAAGGAUGUGUACGUCGGCGGGACGGUGCAGGCAGUCUCGAAGCCGCAGUACUUUGACUAUGUCGCGCUGCGCUACACCCCCACGGAGCUGCGUGCGCACUUCAGCAAAGUCAGCUGGCGAAAGGUCGUCGCGUUCCAGACGCGCAAUCCAAUGCACCGCGCGCACCGUGAGCUCACUGUGCGUGCUGCACGCCAGCGCCAGGCCAAUGUGCUGAUCCACCCAGUCGUCGGCAUGACCAAGCCAGGAGAUGUGGACCACUACACGCGUGUGCGCGUCUACGAGAGCCUCAUGCCGCGCUACCCGAAUGGAAUGGCCCACCUUGCGUUGUUGCCCCUUGCCAUGCGCAUGGGCGGGCCGCGUGAGGCUGUGUGGCACGCGAUCAUCCGUAAGAACUUUGGUGUCACACACUUCAUUGUCGGCCGCGACCACGCUGGCCCGGGCAAGAACUCUCAAGGGGAAGACUUUUACGGCCCUUACGAUGCGCAGAAACUCGUCACCAAGUACGCAUCGGAGCUUGGAAUCGAGAUGGUGCCAUUCCAGCAGAUGACGUAUGUGCCGUCGCUGGACGAGUACCAGCCCGUUGACGAGGUGUCUAAGGGCACAGAGACGUUGGACAUCUCCGGUACGGAGCUUCGCAAGCGCCUCAAGACUGGUGCGGCGAUCCCGGACUGGUUCAGCUACGAGAGCGUCGUCAAGACGUUGCGCGAGAGCUACCCGCCGAAGAACAAGCAGGGUUUCACCAUUUUCCUCACCGGCCUCCACAACUCGGGUAAGGAUAAGAUUGCGCGUGCGCUGCAGGUCAAGUUGAACGAGCAAGGCGGGCGCUCCGUCUCGCUACUCCUUGGCGAGACGGUCCGCUCCGAGCUCUCUUCAGAGCUUGGCUUCUCCUCGGAGGACAGGCACAAGAAUAUCCAGCGCAUCGCCUUCGUCGCCGCCGAGCUGACGCGUGCUGGCGCUGCGGUCAUCGCUGCGCCGAUUGCGCCAUACGAGCGCUCGCGUGCACUUGCCAAGGACACCGUUCAGCGCACGGGCGGCAGCGGCAACUUCUUCCUCGUGCACGUCGCCACGCCGCUCGAGCACUGCGAGCGCACGGACCGCAAAGGCAACUACGCCAAGGCGCGCAAGGGCGAAAUCAAGGGCUUCACGGGUGUCGAUGACGUUUAUGAGGAGCCAAAGGAGGCGGAUCUGAAGGUUGACAUCACACAGAACACUGUCGCAGAGAUCGUUCACAUGAUCGUCCUUCAGCUCGAGGGUGCCGGACUCAUUUGAGUAUCUGCAGGGGCAAGGAGUGCGAAAAAUAGAUGUUUGGUUAGAAGCAUUUGAUGCUAAAGGUGGAAUCAGGAAGAAGUGGGCAAAUAGGGACGCUUUAGAAUUUUUCGAUCCAAAAGAAUGAGCAGUUCAAUCUCUGCGUUUAACAGAC